CGCGGCGCCCCAGAGCAGGACAACCAGCGCUAUUGCCGCGACCGCCCGUUGAAACCAUUCCAGUCGCUGCCAUUCACUCUAAUCCCUCCGUCGACGAAUCCUUUGCGCAAUGGGCGGUGGAACAGCAGAUACGCUGGACAUUGACUCGGAGACCGAGAAGCCCCCCAAAGGUUGCGACUCCCCUGUAACAUCGGACCACGAUGAGUGCAACUCAUGCGAAGACGGUGUCCCGUGCAACAACCACAGCGACGCGUCCGGAAAGCCUCGUCAUGAGUUUGUGUGUCCUGUGGACGGAUGCCACCGCGUGUUUUGUUCGUCGAGCAACCUCGGCCGCCAUGUCAAGGCGCAUUCGGGGUUGAAGCCGUAUGCGUGCGAAAAGUGUUCGAAGCGCUUUGGGCGCGCAUUUACCCUCGCUCGCCAUCAGAUCACGCACACGGGGGCGAAACCAUACCAUUGCGAAAUCUGCAACAAGGGGUUCAAUACGUCGGGCAAUCUCUGUCGUCAUCGCCACAUCCAUGAAAAGGAAAAGGCGACGGAUGUGUCGUCGGGAGGUGCCGACAAGAAGCGCAAAAUGCCGCUGAAAGAUGAAGAAGGUCAUGUGGCGAAGAAACUGGAAGCUUCUCCCGUGUCGUCGCCCACGAACAACAACGCAACCACAAGCAUGUUCUCUUCCGUGCCCCCGACCUCGAUCAAACUCGAGCCGUCGACGUCGGACGAAUCGGCAAUGGUCGACGAUCUCGUCAACAAGCUCUACCUCGUUGUCGGUGAGGACGCCGAUCCCAAUUGCCUGGAUCCGAUCCAAGUGUCUGGCGAGCACGAUACCGACACGGAAAGUUUGAUUUCGGAUGUGUUUUCCGACUUCGAUCUGGACAUCGAUCCGACAGCGUCGGCAAACGUUGCGGCGGCUGUCCCGUCCCCAACCACCCUCAACCCUGCUCAAGUUGUGUACUCCACUUGCAUGCAGAUGGAGAACGCAUUGAAGCAAGGCAGCGUGACCGAUCUCCCCCUCCUCGCGCAACAAGCGACUCAGGCCGCCGAGCUCGAGAUGCAAGACGUGUGCCAGAAGUACGAAGACGCUGGUCGCCGUUUUGGCGCCAUGUGCCAAGUCGCGGCCCCGACCGUGACGUCUGCAAUGUGCCGCCGCCUUGUCUUUCUCGAGUCGGAAAAGAACUGCGCGUCGCGUUUGGUCGAACGCUCCCGCCGCCUUGUCGAGCAGACUUGCCACCUUUGCGGCGUCGACGACGUUGAAACCGCGCGCUCCAUCAUGCUCGAAGUUGUGUGCGCUUCGCAGGAUGCUGCAGGAUGCAUGAUCAACGCGUCGGAAGCCAACCUGUCGGAACUCAUGCUGCAUCAAGCUGCUGCCCAGGAAGCGUCGUUCAUGAUGGUGGGGCGUGCCAUGGCGUUGUAGACGGCGCGUGGAGAUCAUCGAUGGUGCUUGUGGCUGUCGUAGUGCUAGUUUUUUAGAUGUAGACAAAGAGAAAUGCAAACAAGCACAUAUUUAUCAUC